GUAUCCAUGUUACCAGCCGAUGUUGGCAGUUGUGAAUGAUGUGAUGCUUAUUGUUUAAGGGAAGUUUGACGGUAACAAGCUUGAGGUGUUAGGUACGGAGCUGUAUUUUUUGUUAUCAUUUUUGCAUCCACAUUAUUGGUUCAGAAAUGAGUGAUUCUUUUCAUUGUAGUCAGGAGAGUGACAUUUUGCCACCUGACUUUAAACAUCUUAUAAAUUCAGAAUCCUAUGAAGAUAUCAUCAGUGCUGUUGAAAAUGAACCUUUUAUGGUGGCACCAAUGAAAUUAAUGUCUUCCCCUACUUGUGCUAUGCUAACAACAGAUGAGUACGCAGGCCCAUUCGGGUUUGAAAUUCAAAUAGAUGGUGGUUCUUCGGGAAAGCAGUGGAUGUUUUCCUACGAUUUGAACAAAUUGUUUAUAAAUAUAGACACAGCCAUUCACUUGGGAUUCAAGUGUGAACCAUUUCAAAGCGGGCUUUUUGUGCGAGCUGUUCCAGUGUACUGUGAAACUGACGCAUUUCAGGAACCCAUUGUCCGUUGUCUUUUUCAUCGGGCUGAAUCAAAUCCACAUAAUAAAGGCUUUUCUGCUGAUAUUUUUGAUCAUGUGCUGAGGAUUAUUCAUUCGGACGCAAUGUAUGAUUAUGAUGAAAGCAGUGAGAGGCGCAGUGUCCGCGUGCCUCUUGGACAUCCUCAGGCGGGGACUGAUUGGGUUACUGUUGAGUUUAAAUUCAUGUGCAAAAAUUCGUGCAUAUCUGGCAUGAACAGAAGGCCAACUGACGUGAUUUUCACACUUGAAGAUUCCAAUCUAGCUGUGCUUGGACGCCGGAAAAUGAAGGUACGAAUCUGCAGUUGCCCUAAAAGGGAUAAAACUAAAGAGGAAGAAGAUAUGAAGUCUAAACAUGGGAACACUGUUCCACAGGGAAAAAGAGCAGUAGCCCAUAAAACUGAAGAUGACCCAUCAUCAAAAUUGAGAAAGGUCGAUUUAUUUCAGAUAUCACUUCUUGACAAAGAAGCACUUGUUGAUGUUACUGAUUAUGCAAGGUCAAGAAUUUUAAGAAAGUUGCGGAUCGAGAAAAGAGGGGCUACAGAAAAAGAAGAGAAGUUGCUCAAUGACUAUGAGUGUACAUUGCAGAUGUACGAGUAGUGGGCUGCUCCUUCAACAUUGACUACAAAGAUAUAAUGUGUAAUUAAAUGAGAAAUGGCAAUACUGAACAAAAAUUUUUCUCAAACUGGGGAACAAUAAAACAUGGAGUUCCCCAAGGGUCAAUUUUAUGGCCAUUGCUUUUUAUAAUAUACAUAAAUGACCUUCCUCCAACAAUAAAUACUUUAACAGAACACAUAAUAUUUGCUGAUGACACAAGUGACAUAAUUUCUAAUAAAAAGAUGAUUUCUGUUUAACUGCUAACAGUAAAAAGAUAUUCACUUUACAAAAGAAAAUUAUUAGAUUAUUGGCCAGUAAUUUGUCAUACUGGUUUUGUCACCUUUCUUGUACAGCUGUCGUACUACUGAUAUUUUAAGGCGGUCCGGGAAAAUGCCUAUGUAUAAUGAGUGAUUACAAAUGUGGGUUAAUGGACGACUAAUUAAAGCUGAACAAGCUUUCAAAAUUUUACUUGUUAUUCCAUCAUAACCUGAUGAGUUUUUUGAUUUGAGGGACUGUGUUACACUUUUCACCUCAGUUUCAGUGGUUGGAAUCAUAUUAAGGCUAGAAAAUCUUAAAGGGAAUGCAGCUUCUAAAAUGAAACAGCAUCAUCUGCCACUGUUUGAUUUAAAUUUAAGCAUUCAGUAAUUGUUAGGAAAAACUUAAGGCAUUAGCCACUGUUCCAGGAUCCUUUACUUUCUCAUUGUUUAUUAGAAGAGAUGGCAUCUGUUCUGUUAAGUGUAUUUUUCCUGUCUCCCUUUUUAUUAUGUUCCAAGUUGUUUUUAUUUUAUUGUGUUAUUUUGCUAUAAGUUUACUGUAAUGCUGUUUUUUCACCUCUUUUAUAACAUUAUUCAGAAUUUUACAAUACUUAAUAAAAAUGCUCUUUCAACAGACUCCUUUUAUUCUUAAGAAGAUUUUUGGAUUGAAUAUUGGGACAAACAGUUAAGAGUUGGUUGGAGGUGAGGUGUGUUGUCUUUUGAUCUCUUCACGCUAAUAAAGGGGUUUAUCUUAAUAUUUUGUAAUACAGUAUAAUAUAGCAAACUGAAAUGUAUACCUUUUUCAUAAUAAAUUCCCAAGUCAUCAUAUAAA